AUGCAGCCACGCCUUCAGCUGACGUCGGCGGCGGGCAUCAUCUCCCUCCUCGAUGACUCCCUGCCCGAGAUGAAGAUCUUCGCCCUGGAGCGGCUGAACAGCGUCGUCGACGAGUUCUGGGCGGAGAUCAGCGAGGUCGUGCCGAAGAUCGAGAUUCUCUACGAGGACGAGAGCUUCCCCCACCGCCAGCUGGCCGCCCUGGUCGCCUCCAAGGUCUACUACCACCUGGGCAGCUUCGAGGACUCGCUCACCUACGCGCUGGGCGCCGGGUCGCUCUUCAACGUCACCGCCACCUCGGAGUACGUGGAGACGAUCGUCAGCAAGUCGAUUGACCACUACAUCAAGCUGCGAGCGCUAAGAGCGGCCGCGGCCAGUGCCACCAAUGCCGACAAGCCACCGAUUGACUCUCGCCUGGAGGACAUCGUCAACCGCAUGUUCCAGCGAUGCUUCGAGGACGGCCAGUUCAAGCAGGCGAUCGGCAUCGCCCUGGAGACGCGCCGCAUGGACGUCUUCGAGCAGGCGAUCCUCCACUCGAACGACCUGCAGGCGAUGCUCGCCUACGCCUUCAAGAUCACCAUGAGUCUCAUUGACAAUCUGCACUUUCGCGACCAGGUGCUGAAGAUUCUGGUGAACCUGUACCGGAACCUGCAGGUGCCCGACUACAUCAACAUGGUCCAGUGUCUCAUCUUCCUCGACGACGACAAGGCCAUUGCCGAGCUUCUGGACAAGCUGACCCGUCAGUCGCACGACAAGGCGCUGAUGGCCUACCAGAUUGCCUUUGACCUGUACGAGUCGGCGACGCAGCAGUUUCUGGCGCGCAUCACCGAGUCCCUUCGCCUGGCCGCCCCCAUUGCCAGUCUCAUCUCGCCGAAGAAGCCCAUCAUCGCUCCGGGCGCCUCGUCCUCGUCCUCCUCUUCUUCAUCUGCAGCUGCAGCUGCCGCCGCUUCCACUGCUGCCGAGCCGGAGAAGAUGGAGACGGACACUCCGCCAGCGGCGAGCAGCUCCUCUCCCAGCGACAUCAAGCCGAGCGAGCCGCUGAAGAAGGAGGACCUGAGCGAGGAGGACAAGCGCCGGCAGGAGCGGCUGGAGAACCUGGCGAAGAUCCUCACCGGGGACACCUCCAUCGAGCUGGACCUGCAGUUCCUCAUUCGCAACAACAAGACCGACCUGCUGGUGCUGAAGAGCACGAAGGAGGCGGUGCGCAACUCGGUGUGCCACAAUGCCACCGUCAUCGCCAACGGACUGAUGCACUGCGGCACCACCAGCGACCAGUUCCUGCGCGACAACCUCGACUGGCUGGCGCGGGCCGUCAACUGGGCCAAGUUCAGCGCCACGGCCAGCCUGGGGGUGAUCCACAAGCGGCACGAGAAGGAGGCCCUCCACCUGAUGGCCAGCUACCUGCCGAAGGACAACGGGCCCGGCAGUGGCUACACCGAGGGCGGCGGCCUCUACGCGCUGGGGCUGAUUCACGCGAACCACGGCGGCGGCGGCAUCGUCGACUACCUCCUCAAUCAGCUGAAGGGGGCGACGAAUGAGGCGGUGAAGCACGGCGGCUGCCUCGGCCUGGGCCUCGCCGCCAUGGGCUCGCACCGAAAUGAUGUCUACGAACAGCUCAAGUGCAACCUGUACCAGGACGACGCGGUGACCGGUGAGGCGGCGGGCAUCGCCAUGGGCCUGGUGAUGCUCGGCUCGAAG